UGAUUCCAAUGUCUGUGGUUCGCAUUCACAUUUACCUUUGGCCCUCCAUCUUUCAUUGUGUCUUGUGCAGUUAUAGUUUCUCAGAGUUCACACAAGCUUCACUACAAUAAAUGUUAAUUCCGAAUCCCAAUGAAUGCUGUCAUUGUGGCUCCACAGUGCCUUCGGCAGAGCUCUCGCUCGCUCCACUGUCUCUGAGGCUAACGUUCUUGCCAUUAACAAAUGCCUCUAUGCAUCCUAUCAUCGCACCUCCGGUCCGAUCCGUACUCGCGUACAUUAUGAAUCCUGGGAAACGCAACCCUCAUCAAAUAGCUCCGCGGGUGAACAAGAUGACAAGGUCAGCGAUGUCGGUGCGGAGCAAAGGCGUUCCUGCGUCGAAUCCGACGAAGCCAAUGAUGCGCCCUUCCCAGAUGCAAGCACCAGCCUGCAAACGGGACCGCAGCAGAUUACUUCGAAGCCUCUAAGUAGACGGAAGUUAAAAGCACAGAGGCCUUCUCCAUCUCAUUGGUUGAUCUCUGCAUUAGAGGCGACUGCACAAUUUCAAUCUGUUCCGCCAAAAUUUAACGGAAAAGCAGAUUUAUCGUACAUUGCGCCGUGGAAACUUGGAGCAAAGCAAAGGGGAAAGUCUCCCUUGUCCCAUUUACCAUCCUCGCACCACCUAUCCACUUGCGCCCAUUCGGAUCAUAUUCUUUCCUUUCAAUUUAUCGUGGCGGACUACAUAAGACAAAUUUGGCCAAUUAUUCAGUAUUACGACCCGAUUUCCUUAGACGAGAGUUUGCAAGCCCACCUCGACAGAGCGAUAUUCAAUGUCUACAAUGAAAAGUCUAUAAAGUUCCUAGAAUUAAGGGGCUAUGGGCCUGAGGAUAUUGUCAAAUGGGCCUGGAUUUUGACCGCGCCGGACACAGAAAGAGCGGCGUGGAGACUCAUGAUGAUAGCGACCCCGAGGUUUAACCGUGAAGGCCCUCAGCACAAAAAUGUACCUUCUUUCUUACUCCUCUUUCUCUUGCGACGGGCAAAUAUCAAUGGUCGGACUCUGAAAAUAUUACUUUCUCACGCUUGGGAUCAACUGCUUGGCCGGCGGCCCCACUUCAGGAAUAGAAGAUCCCCGGCGGCUGCUCGACGAGAAAACCUUGUCAAGGGGGACGGCGGAACUGCUCGAAGAUGGAACACCUCGGAUGCACUUUCGCGAAUGCCUUCUCAAAUGGACGAAUCGACUAUGAUGACUCUAGUGGUUAGACUUCUUCGUCAUGCGCGUCAAGUCUGGCCAGCAUCAAUCCCUAGCAUUACUUCCAUGCUCUCGCUUCAUGGCAAAAAGGAAGCUGAUCACGGUUUUGAGCCGAAUGCGAGGACAUCACUCAAGUCGCCGGUUGUAUCGAGGCUAACAUUUUUGUACAACCGCGCAUUGACACUGCUAUCUGUGCCGUCAUCUCAAUCGCCUUUUCUCUCUCUCCCUUAUCAUCAGCGGGCUCAAUUCAACCUCUUGAAGAAAAUGGCCCAUUUCAAUCCACCCUUGAUUAUCAACCGUGAGGGCUACCGGGCCGUCACGAGGGUACAGCUCGCUCACAAGAAAACCCUGCGAGAACGAGCGUGGGCUGCAAUGAAGGCCAAGUCUUGGCCGCCAUGGAAAGAAGACAAACUCGGGAUAGAUGCAGAUAAAGGUUUUGAAGAUGGCAUCAGCCGAGCAACUGAAUCCAUGCUGCGGCUCAAGGAGGCCGGCUACGCCCACACUAAUUGGGAGCUUUCUGCAAACAUUCUCGCUGGAUGGGACACGGAUCAAAGCCCAACCAUUCAAACCAGAGCUCUCGUACGUCGGGCAAGCGGCGGUCAAGGGGUUGUUCCACCUUCGCAGGCUGAGCAAUCCCAUGAUAUCUGGGCUGCACGGAUUCGAGCUACGCGCACGGUAGAGGAGGCCUGGGCCGGCUUUCUUGCCUUCAAAGACCAGAAGCUCCGUCCCUCGUCUGAAAUAUACCUUGCCAUGUUUGAGAAAUUAGUCUUUGACAAGAAGAGAAUUAAAGAGGAGGAAAGGAAGCUCAGAGACCUGGAAAGCGGUCGCAUCACGGAGGAACAAGCCUUUGACGAAGACGAUGAUCUUCUUCCUGGCGACAGCAAAAGAGUAUAUCCAGCACCUAUUUCUCCUAGAGAGGCUGUACAUAUUCCAUCUCCACUACUCCCGCUGGAUACUCUCUUUGAUGAGAUGGUCCGAGAAGGAUGUACUCCUUCUCCACGAUGUUUGAGUUUUUUACUACUCCAUGCCAACUCGUUAGACGCUGGCUUGACAUAUUUUCGACUUAGUGGACUGCCACCGUCAGUUUUGGCAAGCGUGUUUCAGCCGCCGGAAACGCUUUUAGCCUCUGCCUCGGAACAACUUCGUGCAAUACCUGAGAAUGUCUUCUCUUCCCUGAUCAACUUAUUCUGUCGAUUUGCUCCGUAUUCAACAAUUGAUAUUCGCCAAGAACAUGCGCUGAUUGAGCAUGGAGCUGACAAGAGAAGACCAUAUAAUCGAGUAAAACCUCUGCUUCAUGCAUUUUCUCUCGUUACGGCUCGAGGCUCUUCAUAUCGGUCAUGCUGGUAUUCUUUGCUCGGCGCCUUAGCCCGAGAUGGCGCAGUGGUCAGCUAUUGGGAAUACAAAAGUGCACCUGUCUGGCACGACGUUCUCUCCUGGAAGAUCAUACGCCAGACUAUGGCAAAAAUGGAACUUUUUGGCAUCGACAUCGACGGGAAAGCAUUUCAAACCGUCUGCAUCGGGCUGGAAAAGGCAAUCUUAGGGAGCUACGAGCUACGUCUUGGGGCGCAGUGUCAGUCAGCUACGGAAGGGGGGGUCGAACUAUCUCGUCAAUGGCAAGAAGGGACAAUCAUCCUUGAGGGCAGCUCUCAAAUCAUCCAGCACUGCUUCAGAAGGCUUGUUGGGGCUACGCUGAAUUUCUCUCUGCAUGACAUUGCUCCGCUGCAUCCUGCUGAGUGGAACCCCAAUGAAGAGCAAGGCAUCGGCUCAUCAACCCUCUUGCCAUCUCUGCUUGAAAUUCCGGCCCCAGCUGUGCUGCACUCGUUCGUACGAGUUCUGGGCCUACUUCAAGACUAUGACGCACUCUUCUCUCUGGUCCAGUGGAUGAGACUGUACUCUCAAGAGCUCGAAGCAGUGGCCGGUGAAUCGAGCAAUGGCGAGCGAAUAUUACGGAGAACUCUGGUGGCCUUGCGCGUCUUUGUCGAACGGAGCUGGAAGGAAUCAGAUGGCUUGGACCUCGAAUGGGAGAUAUCUGAACCUGAUGAAAGGACGUCGCAGCAUACAAUCGAUUUGAUCCGGGAGCAGGUGGAAUUGGUUCCAGGCUGGGGCAGAUGGCCUAGCGACGAGGAGGUCGAAGAUUAUAUUCAAUCUGGGCGAUUUCCUGUGGAGUACCUAGAAUAGACGUCCUUGGUCUCGCAAGUUGUAUACUAGGAUCUUAUGCUUUUUCGGCGCAUGUCAUGAAUGACGAUGAUCAAGAUAGAGUGGGCAUUCAGCAUAUGAAAUGGAGUCUGGCGUUUCCGAGUGGCACGGCCGUGUCAGCAGAAUUGAGGGGACUUUUUGGUUCUUUUGUGGGUCGCUGGUGUGGUCUUUGCAUUAUCAAGCAUUUACGCUAUCGGCCAAUUACAAGGCUACAGAGGGGGUACUUUGAAGCCGUCAAUCUGCAGAGCAUUGAUAUUUUUCCGAUUGGCUGAUCGUCAAUCUGAUCAGGUGUUUUAUGCCUAAAGGGAUGUUUCAGAAAUGAAGGUAUCAGGAGAUGAGUGCAGUACAGCGGUACAUGGGAGACAAGGAGAAGGGCC